AAUUAAAGUUUUUUCAACUUUUCUCUUCUAUCUCUGUGAUUCAGGCUGCGUUUUCCAGAUCUCGCCUUCCUUUCCAUCCCUUUUCUUUUUAUAAGAAUCUCACGUGCAACUCACGUGCUAUAAUAUUUAAUAAAAUUCAAUUUGUAUGAUACACCAAAUCAAAGCUCACUCAACUCACUUCUCCCGCCCCCGUUGUACGGACAAACCACCGCACCGCCUCUUCCACGCUCCUCGCUGUCGGCACCUCCUCCGCCGUGAUUGGUCUGUCCUUAGCUAUGGAGCUCGAGCUCCUUCUUCACUACUAGGCUUCAACGAUUCUCCUCUACUCCCAGCCUCAAAUUCGCCAUUCUCUCAAUACUCUACUCUAAUCAGGUUCCCAUGGCGCAAAGUGGGAGAUUGUUUCGAGUUAGCUUAUGAGUGUUUUUGUUAUUCCAUGGCUGAUUCUGGGGGCUCCACAGAAGUACAAGCAGGAGCAGGCUCUUCCUCUCAUUUUGGAAGAACACAGGUAUGCUUGUUCGAUUGGUGGUUGAUUCAGACCCAAAACGACCUCCAUGGUAACAUGCUUGGUGUUGCCGGCUUAACAUCCAGACAGCAAGAAGCAGUCCGUGUGUUUACCUCCGCUCCUAUAGCAAAAAGAUAUGAUGUUUUCACUCUAGAGACUGCCGACGAUGUCUGUAUCAUCCUUAAGGGUCUCAUCAACAAGCACCGCACCACUCUCAAUGGCUUUUCUUCCCAGUUUUCUAAAAGCUUUAUGUUUGGCUUUCCUUCUAACUGGCAACAAUUUUCUACAAAUGCUCCUCCUGCUAUCUCUGCGGAUUGUGGAGCAGUAUCUGGGCCUGAAAUUUCUACUCCAAAAUCUGUUCGGUUUUUACAAGAAAAAUUUCCUGAGAAACAAGGUUGUGUCACUCGAAAACAUAGGAAACAAGUUGAAACUUCAGAAUCUCACAAGGUUUCUGAGAAUGGUACUCUCAAUUCUUCAAAAGUUUCUAACUUGAGUGAAGAGAAUAAAGACCAACUGGAUGUUGCACCUACACAGUUUUUACAAGAAAAAUCUCCUGAGAAACUAGGUUGUGUCACUCGGAAACAUAGGAAACAAGUUAAAACUUCAGAAUCUCACAAGGAUUCUAAGAAUAGUACUCUCAAUUCUUCAAAAGUUUCUAACUUGAGUGAUGAGAAUAAAGACCAACAGCAUGUUACACCUAUACAGUUUUUACAAGAGAAAACUCCCGAGAAACACGGUUGUGUCACUCGGAAACAUAGGAUACAAGUUGAAACAUCAGAAUCUCAUAACAUUUCUGAGAAUGGUACUCUCAAUACCUCAAAAGUUUCUAACUUGAGUGAUGAGAAUAAAGACCAACUGGAUGUUACACCUAUUGGUUUUCGGAAAUGUAGUGGUAGAUUGAGGAAUCUCAAAGACAGACCUAUUGGUUUUCAGAAAUGUAGUGAUAAACUGAGGAAUCCCAAAGACAGUCAGACGAUCCUCCUUGUAUCUGGGUGUUCUAUAGAUUUAGAACAACAAAAUGUUAGUCCUGCAACCAGUGACUCUGGGAGAAAAUUGGGUGUGUCUGGUAAAUCUCUGAUUCAUUCAACAGACAGAGUGCCCAAAAUUUCGUUUGCAAAAGUAGGAAGCAAAAGGAAGCAACAGCCAGUGGACACAAAUGUCACAGUAAAACUAGGUGAUGAAUCUUUGAGCACAGGUCCAGAGCAGACUUCUAAUUCAAAAAGAAGGCGUGAUUCUGGGAAUGUCAAGACUAAAGCUGGGCAAGAAACUGGUUUUAAAGGAGGCAAGCACACAAAGACAAGAAAGAGGGAAAUUUAUUUUGAUACAGAAGCAACACCACCAGCUGGGGAGAAUAAAAGUAAAGUAUCUUUAGUCUCCCCUGAUUGUUUGAGUUAUGGACGAUCUAGAUCAGGGCGGCUACUACUACCUGUGAUGGAAUUCUGGCGCAAUCAAAUGCCAGUUUAUGAUGUGGAUCGUAAACUUACUGGAAUUCAGGAAAGCACCCCUGUCGUAGUACCAUCAAGAGGAACUCAAUCCGAGCCCCGAAAAAAGCUGAAUCGGUAGUGGUUUGAGGUGAGUUUUUGUAAGGAGAAAAUCGAAAUUGAGCCAUGGGUUUGGCAUAUCAUAUUUGAGUAUUGUGUUAUUAGAUACACAAGUAGUUAGUUUGACUAGUUUGAGAAUGUAACAUUUGUGUAUGCAUUUACGUAUAUUACAUGUUAUUGAAUGAUUGGUUGUUCUUGUUGAAAGAUUAUAUGUAGAAAGAAUGUGUUGGCUUUCGUGUU